ACAACAGCUCUGUACCACGGUACAUGCGCUCACAGGAGCGCUCUCUCCCUCUAUUCCCAGGCGCUCGGAGUGGAAUGGGUUGGGAGUGCAGAUCCGGCCCUUUGGAGGAGCUGAGGAAGCGGCAAGAAAUCCUUGCACUGUUCCAGCCCGAAGCCUGUUCCCCCAGAGGGAGGGGCUUGAGGGCAAAAGAAUUCAGUACAGCGGGAGGACCAGGGGAACCCCUCUGGCCGGGUCCGGCUUUCUCUGCCGUCUGGCCAGGAACUUUAGCAAGGGUGGCGCUCCCUCAGGGUUGAAAGGAAGCCUUGCGGCCUCCCACAGGACCCCGGAGACGAAACAAGGAUUAGCCUGUCCGUGGUGCAGGUCAGGGGCAAGGGGACGCCCUAACCCCUGGGGCAUAAUUGCCCGGAGCAGGGCAGGCCUAGCUGCGACCCCCAGCCCGUGUUGCUAGCACUACCACUGCAACCACCCAGCCCUCGAAGGGCUAAGACGCAGAUACUCGGCCUCCUACCCGAGUCUGGCAGGGGGCGGGGCUUCCCUUUAGACUAGGGACGCGGGAAGGGAACUCUGAUCCGGAGGGGGCUGGGCAUUAAACUGUCUUAGGAGGUUGGAGAUAGGCUUGGGUCACUGUCCCCCUUUUACAAAGGGGCCCCUGGGCUGGAGGUUGCACUCAGGAGUGCAGAGCCAGAUUCACUACUGCCCUCAGCCAAGACCUCGGGGUCCCACAGCACCUCCUAAUGGCCGGGCGAGGGACCAACAUUUCCUUUAUUCAAGCUCCCCAUCCCGUUCCUUUAAGCCGUCCGUUUAAGCGACUGGCCGCGUAGCGAAGCCGGGAGGACUGUACCACCGGCCGCCGGCUGCGGGGGUGGAAUUUGGGGCUGACUAACGCUCGAGGCUGAGACUCCAAGAGAAAGCCCCGUUCCGAGGGGUCUCACGGUUCCAUACAGGUGGCCACAUUUCUCGGCAGAGGGUCUGGGGACCGUGAAGCCUAAAACGCGGCACUGGCGGCGCGAAAGUCAGAAACACCUUCCCUCCCCGGCCGCAAGUCCUGCUCUGGGUCCGCCUCCGCGCCGGAUUCUUAAAGGGCCCGCGGGCUGGGGGGGCGGAGCCAGCAGGGGCGCCGGGCCGGGGCCGGGGCCGUGCCUGGUCGUUCGGCCGGAGCGGGCCGGGUUGGGGCGGGGAUGGCGGUAGCGAUGGCCGUGGCGCAGGUCCCGGUGGCGGCCUGCGCAAGGUGAGGGAGGGCAGUGCAUGCCUGGCGGCUCUCUCUCCGCGGUCUCGGUUCUGAACCCCCAGGGAGGAGGCCCAGGGGCCCUACCCCCUACCCGGCGGAGUUCAGGCCCCACGUGCGGGGCGGGGGCGGGGUCCCGGACAAAGGCCAGGUGGAGUGGGCUUUGCCCCAGACCCGCCUGGAGUGCGGGCGCGCGCAUUCUUCUUGGCUGUAGAGAGAGAAAAGCCGGUCUGCCGGGCGCCACUCUGAGAGAUCCGCCGCCCCUUUGUCCCUGCGGGGCCUCCACCAAGCUUGGGAGAGUGUCUUCGCCGAGACAAAGUCCGAUAGCCUCACUCCUGCUGGGCGGUGCUAAAAAAGAUAACCCGCUCCGAGGCUGCGUUCCAGCUUCCUAGCUGCUGCUUGAGCUGUGCUCUGCCUUACCCAGAUGCUGAUUUCUCAGGACCAAGAGUUCUUAUCAGGGUACAGGUUCCUGAGCUGGUGCCAGGCAGGUAACACUGUCUUCCUGCAGCCCCCAGCAUGUGGGCAGGCCUGGGCCCCACCGUCACACUGGCUCUGGUGUUGGCGGUGGCAUGGGCCACGGAGCUCAAGCCCACAGCACCACCUAUCUUCACCGGCCGGCCCUUUGUGGUAGCAUGGGACGUGCCCACACAAGACUGUGGCCCACGCCACAAGGUGCCACUGGACCCAAAGGACAUGAAGGCUUUCGAUGUGCAGGCCUCACCUAAUGAGGGUUUCGUGAACCAGAAUAUCACCAUCUUUUACCGUGACCGGCUGGGCAUGUAUCCACACUUUGAUUCAGUGGGGAGGUCUGUGCAUGGCGGCGUGCCACAGAAUGGCAGUCUCUGGGUACAUCUGAAGAUGCUCAAGGGACAUGUGGAACACUACAUUCGUACACAGGAACCUGCAGGGCUGGCAGUCAUUGACUGGGAGGACUGGCGGCCAGUGUGGGUGCGCAACUGGCAGGACAAGGACGUGUACCGCCGAUUAUCACGCCAGCUGGUGGCCAGUCGUCACCCUGACUGGCCACCAGAUCGUGUAGUCAAGCAGGCGCAGUAUGAAUUUGAGUUUGCUGCCCGGCAGUUCAUGCUGGAGACACUGCGAUUUGUCAAGGCGUUUCGGCCUCAGCAUCUGUGGGGCUUCUACCUCUUCCCCGACUGUUAUAACCAUGAUUAUGUGCAGAACUGGGAGACCUAUACCGGCCGCUGCCCUGAUGUUGAGGUUUCCCGAAACGACCAGCUGGCCUGGCUGUGGGCUGAGAGCACGGCGCUCUUCCCCUCUGUCUACCUGGAAGAGACACUCGCUUCUUCCACUCAUGGCCGCAAUUUUGUCAGCUUCCGUGUUCAGGAGGCCCUUCGUGUGGCUCACACCCACCAUGCCAACCAUGCACUCCCGGUCUACGUCUUCACGAGGCCCACCUAUAGCCGCGGCCUCACAGGGCUUAGCGAGAUGGAUCUCAUCUCCACCAUUGGUGAGAGUGCAGCCCUAGGUGCGGCUGGCGUCAUCCUCUGGGGAGACGCAGGGUACACCACCAGCAUGGAGACCUGCCAAUACCUCAAGGAUUACCUGACACGGCUGCUGGUACCCUACGUCGUCAAUGUGUCCUGGGCUGCCCAGUAUUGCAGCUGGGCCCAGUGCCAUGGCCAUGGGCGCUGUGUGCGCCGAGACCCCAGUGCUAAUAUCUUCCUGCACCUCAGUGCCAGCAGCUUCCGCCUAGUGGCCAGCCAUGCACCUGGGGAGCCGCAGCUGCGACCAGAAGGGGAACUCAGUUGGGCCGACCGCAACCACCUGCAGACGCACUUUCGCUGCCAGUGCUAUGUGGGCUGGGGCGGCGAGCAAUGCCAGCGGGACCUUAGGCGGGCAGCUGGGGAUGCCAGCAGGGCCUGGGCUGGGUCCCACCUCACCAGCUUGCUGGCUCUGGCAGCCCUGGCCCUCACCUGGACUUUGUAAGGGUCUCUCACCUGGCUGCCAGGCAAGCUGGGCUCUGCCAGGCAUGUAGGAGCCUGCAAGGGGUGGACAAACUGGAGUCUGGAGGGGCAGAGCCCCUGGGAUACCCAGCAGGGUGUUCGUACCAGCUCCCACCCCCUGUUCUAAGGGGGAGGGGCAGUCCCCUGGGAGGCCCCUUCUCUCCCUGCCAGAGAGGAAGAGGGGCACAGCCGGGCUGGGGAGGACCUGACCCUACUCCCCUGUCCCUGUAUAGUUUAUUAUUAUUAUUUUGGGGUCUCUUUCAUAAAUUAAAUAUAAAACAACUGCU